AUGGAUGGAAUGAGUAACCCCGACAAGACUGAGGUCAUGCUCUUUGGCACUCAGUACGCACUGCAAUCAUUUGAGUUACCUUCAGUCAACAUUGCCGGCACAGUCGCUCAAGUGUCGAAAGUUCCGGUUCGGAACCUCGGUGUUCUGUUUGAUUCUAACUUGUCUAUGGAUGCACAUGUGUCAAGCGUUGUGCGUUCUGCCUCUUACCACCUGCGGAAUAUAGGUCUUGUCAGGAGGCAGCUGACAGUUGAUGCCACCAAGAAUCUUGCUCAAGCCCUCGUGCUGUCCAGACUUGAUUAUUGCAACAGCAGCCUGGCUGGAAUUUCGGAACAAUCGCUACGCAAGCUCCAGCUAGUGCAAAACCGUGCAGCACGCCUUGUUACUAGAACCAAUCGUCGGGCACACAUCACUCCAGUUCUUCCCGAGCUGCACUGGCUGCCUGUGCGCGAGCGCAUACAGUUCAAGUUAAUUCUUCUCACUUAUAAAGUAUACCAUCAUUUGGCACCCAAUUACCUCAACGAUCUCCUCGAACAUUACACACCCCCUCGCUCCCUUCGCUCUGGAUCUAUGGACCUUCUAAAGGAAAACAAAUACAGACUAAAAACUUUCGGAGGACGAUCCUUUUCCAUUCUUGCGCCUCAGGUGUGGAACUCACUACCGUCCACCCUGAGAGCUGCACAGGACGUCAAUACUUUCCGCAGAGACUUAAAAACAUAUUUGUUUGUGCAAGCUUAUGAGCGCCUGUGA